AUGAGCCCUAACGGAGGAGACAACAACUUCUCGGAUGACGACUUCGACGACCUGCCCAACGAUUAUCUCGCCGAAUUGGAGCACAAUGCCAUCCAGUUCACGCAAGCCCAAACCCAACCCCGCGUUCUCAAGCAACCGGCUGCCGUGAACGCAGCACCGUCGUCUGACUAUGGCGACGACAUUGACGAUGAGGAUCUGGAUGAUGCGGUGGUGAUUGACGAGUCGAGGAGUACUCCUGCCAUCAUUCCGAACCUCCAGCGAGAACACACUAGUCAAGCUGUACAGAGAGAACAAUUCCGGCAGCAGCGAUAUGGCAAUGCUACAGCUGGGAAUGCAUAUGCCAACAACGGGGCAGAUCGAGAACGGUCUCGUAUGCCCCCUCCGCCCAUGUUCAGUCAACCAAUACCACAAGGCAGCCGAACCCGAAAACCAGAAAAUGAUUCCUCGAACACAUUUGGUAGCCAGCCAGCAGCUUCGCAACAUGGAGCGGAUGCAUUGCAGAAACAGAUUGAAGAUUUGUUGAAAGAACGAGACGCUUUGAAGUCUGACCUCAAUGCUAAGACGGGCGAGAUUGCUAUUGUUCGAAGUAAGCAGGAGAAAACCGUCAAGCAGUAUGAAAGAGAAAUGCUGGCCAUGCGGAAGCUUAAUGAGGAGAAGAUAUCUAAGCAAGAAAAGGCACUGGAGGCCGCUAAAACUGCGGAGAAGAAUGCCGCGACUGAGAGGGAUUUCUUGAAGCAGGACCUAGCAGAAGAAUCGGAGAGAGUUCGCAAAUUAAACAAAGCCGAGACCUCAGAGAAACUAGGUGCGAAUUUGACGACGCCUAAAAAGAAGAAAGCGCUUGCGCAUAGAGAUGGAUUUGACGACGAAGAGAUUGAGUUUUUGUCUCCAUCCAAGGUUUCUCCAUCGAAGUUUCAGAAACGACUCAUGGGCUCGCCAUCCAAGGCUGGGGCGAAGAGAAAAAGGAAAGCUGUUGAGAGUCCAAUCGCCGCAUUGGAAGUAAUGCAAGAUGACACCGCAGCCGGUGCAGCCGACGUGGCUGAGGGUAGAGAUUUCAUUCUCGAUGAGUCCAUCCUUGCCGGCCUCAGUAUGCAGGAUGAUCGCUUUGAUUUCUUGGGAACCAUGUUAGAUCACAAAGUUGACUCCCAGCACCAACGAACGAUCCAGGAACUCGAGAAAUAUGCACUGCCUUCUGCACCAAAAGAAUCUUUUGAAACCUAUCUAUUGAGCAAAAUUCCACAGCUUGGGCUCAAAAAGGAUCAAAAGAGUUUACCCAUUGAUUUCUGUGAACUACUAGUUUCCAUGUGGACAAAAUGUAUGGAUGAUAAAUACCUUGCGCCAAUUUACCUCCUGGUAGACCUGUUGACUACCGCUCUCGAGAUGAAGACAUCCGCUAUUGCUCCUUCACUUACCGAUUCAAUUGUACCACUGGCUCAACUCACCGCGGACCUAGUAGUAAUACCUAGGUGGAAAGGCAAGUCUGCGGAAAUCCAUGAAAAACACGUAGACGUGGGCAAAUGCUUGGAGCUUCUCCAGAUCGUAUCGCUCGGGUGUAUGGGCGAGCAACAGCACAUCGUUCGCUUCUGGAAAUUGAUGCGAUUCGACUUUGUGUUGGUAAUGCUUAGCCCAAACCAACCCACCAUUGAUUUCGAGACGAUGAUGCGCUUGUUAUCAACGAGUGUUUUUGCUGAAAGUUUUGGCCCGAUCGUGGCGGAGUCCACCCAGGCUGUUCAGGUAAUGGACAAUAUUCUCGACCGCCUGACAUAUACGCUUUUUGAAGUUCCCCCACUGCCGCAAACCUCUGAGAAGAUGGAUCUGGCUGUGCUUUCCAGACUUCGUUUCAAGGUUUUACUGUUAAUGACGAGCAUGACUCAAUCGCCGUUUGCGAGUAAGGCUAUUGCGAUGCACCCUCAUGCCAUCGGCAGACUUGUGAGUCUCAUUAGUGACGAGUUGGAUGAUCUUUAUGAUUACAGAGCCCGGCACAAGGAGGGUUCUAGAAUCAUCACGCUCGCAACCCGUUUGCUUUACCACUUAGUUACUAGGUUUGACGAUGAUAAUGAUAUGCAGAAAAAACUCGCCGUGAUUCGUGGUGGAUCACAAAAGUACCUGCUGGCACUCUCGCGGCUCAACUUUUCCGAAGAUGAUCUUCUACUGGAGUCCAGCAUCGACACGGAUGUGGCAGCAUGUGCUUUAGAACUAUUAGAGCUCUUCGUGACACCCGAGGAGGGAGAUGCCAUCCAUUCAGCAUUUUCUGCAGGUUCAUAG